AUGCUGGUCACGGGAAGUGUGUUUACAGUAACGCUGCUGUUCUCGGCGAUGGCCGCGUCCACGGCCGAACUUACCGACUGGCAGCAAGCCUCGUCAUCGCUCUGGCAACGGACGGACUACGGCCGCAUGUGCUACCGGACCGUCCAAAAUCCGUAUAUGUACUUCGGCACAAAGACCACUUACGGUGCGGUGGCCGGAAACGACUUGCAGACUCCGCCAGACUGCCGGCCGAUGCAAGUAUGGCUGGUAUCCAGACAUGGUACGCGGUAUCCAUCACGAAAAAAGAUCGAGGAACUUAAGAAGUUGAACGAACUUAAGACAAUGAUAACAGAUGAAUCGACAAUGUGCCCUGAAGAUAUCGUGGCCAUCAAGAAUUGGAAUAUAAAUCUGACCAAAGACGAUCAUUAUAUGCUGCAGAGGCAGGGUGUCGAGGAACUUAAGUCACUGGCCGUUCGGCUCAAAAGACAAUUCCCACAGAUAUUCAAUAACCCAUACACCGAAGACAACUUCAAAUUUCUGACUUCGCAUAAGCAACGUGCCAAAGACAGCGCCACCGUGUUUUACCAAUCGGUGUUCAACCGAAACCCCGAAAAUGAAUUACCGAUCGUCAAAACGUCCGAUGAUAGAUUCUAUCUGUACAAGUGCAAGCAGGUCGAAGACGACGACGACGACACAAAGGGACAAGGAGAAGUGAAAAAGUUCGAGGACGGCCCACUCGUGCGGUCCGUUGUGUCCAGGGUAUCUAUGGCGAUGGGCCUUAAAACAAACCUCAGUUACGAAAAUGUUUCACUGAUGUUGGAAUCGUGCAAGUAUGAGAAAGCUUGGUACAUACAGUCGCGACCAGCAUGGUGUGCCGUGUUCACACAGUACGAUUUCGAAAUCCUUGAAUACGUAGAUGAUCUCAAAUAUUACUAUGAUAAUGGGUAUGGAAAUCCCAUUGGAGAGAGCAUGGGAUGCCCUAUUGUGAAGGACUUGAUAGACAAUUUCAAGAACAUUUCCAGAGGGAAACAAGGACCAUUAGGAAUAUUUUACUUUGGACACUCACCUAACGUUUUGAGUGUGGUUGCCAGGUUGGGCAUCGGAAAAGAUAAUACUCCAUUACUGGGCACAAACUUUGAACAGAUGAAAAAUAGAAAAUGGAGGACAUCAUUCAUAGAUCCAUUUGCGUCAAAUGUAAUAGCAGUGUUCUACAAAUGUAGGGAUGGAAAUAAAGCCAUGAUUUUACUCAACGAACAUGGCAUACCGAUGGGUAAAGAUGAAUGCCGAACCUGUCCAUGGGAACUAAUUGAAGCACAAUUUAAUGCAAUAACCUCUAAUAACCAAACAUGCAACUUAAAUAUGUGUAAGAACUGUGCAGCAUUAUCCUCAAUCAAUUUAGUCAUAGUCAUAUUUGCAUACGUAAUACACUUGCUAUAUAUUUAG